AUGUGGCUCAUCAGCACUGAAUCCCUUGCCCUGGAAUUCUUCGUCGAUCCACCGAAAGGCUCUUACGCUGUUUUGUCCCACACAUGGGAUGGUGGAGAGGUCUCAUUUCAGGAGGUCAAGGACCUUGGCAAUGCGCGGAAGAAGAAGGGCUUCGCAAAAAUUGAGCGUACGUGUGAAUUGGCUCGACGGCGAAAUCUGCCAUACGCCUGGGUGGAUACUUGCUGCAUAGACAAGUCAAGCAGCGCAGAACUCUCUGAGACUAUAAACUCGAUGUUCCAAUGGUAUAGGGAGUCGGCUGUUUGCUUUGCGUUUCUCUCGGAUCUGCGAUCAAGACCCGAAAUCGGGUCCGAGCCACCACAAUCCGAUAAAUGGUUUGAACAGAGUUUUCCGGGCUGCAGAUGGCUCAGAAGGGGCUGGACGCUUCAGGAGCUGAUUGCGCCUCCCCACGUGGAGUUUUAUGACAUGACCUGGACCAUGCGAACAUCUAAAGCUGCGCACACCUUAUUCCUCAGCAGAGAGACAGGAAUCGAUGUCAAUGUUUUGGAAGACAGUGCCUGUCUGUCUCAAAUACUCAUUUCAAGGCGGAUGUCGUGGGCAGCGGGACGAGAGACUACCCGCAUUGAGGAUAUGGCGUACUGCCUGCUGGGCAUCUUCGAUAUAAACAUGCCCAUGAUUUAUGGGGAAGGUAAAAAGGCUUUCAUGCGGCUUCAAGAAGAGAUAGCAAAGCAGAGCUGCGACCUCUCAUUGUUUGCAUGGAGGGCUCAAUCCCCGGGUCAGGGCAACGACUUCCAAAGCUACAGAGGAAUCUUCGCCAGAUGGCCAACAGAGUUCACCAAGUGUCGCCAGAUGAGACCUCGAAAUAGAGGGCCUAUCGAGAAGGAGUUCACCAUCACAAAUAAAGGGCUACGACUUGAAGCAACAUUGGUCAACGUGCUCGACGAGACUCGUGAUUUAGUCUUCAACCUCGGAGUCUGUGAGUAUAGCGAUUUGCCCAAGAACAGCGCCAAUGGCUGGAUGGGGUUGUACCUUACCAAGACGGCGCGAGGAUACGUCCGAGCCCGGCCACAUGAAAUGUACACAGCGGGUCAAGAACGUAAGGGCAGAUUACGUUGCGAGAAAGCUGUGUUGCAUAUCCGCAAGGAUUUGAGCCUAGCCGAGUCUCUCUCUCUCAAUUCCCAAUACCGUCACGCAAUCCGCUUCCGCAACGUCACGGGUGAAAACUACUGCUUACGUGGCAUGAUUCAGCCCGAGGACCUGUGGGACUCCAAAAGGAUGCUCUUUCUGGACCAAGGCUCCGGACUCAACGCAUUUGUUGUCCUAAAAUAUCCAAUGUCCAAGGUCCACCAGGUCUGCGAUUUCCAGGUUGUCAUAGCUUGCUCAACUAUGGAUGCACCCAUGUGCGUAAUCUGGAGCGAACAGGACAAGACACAGUGGAACAAAGUACUCCAUCAUAUGCAGACUUCGAGGGAGAUAACGGAUUACGUUGCCUACGAUUAUCUGCAACGCUAUUUCGGAGAGUUUGCUCCCAGACGCACCCAGUCAACCUGCUACUUUCAAGACCCCAACUCGGGAAGAAAAGCUGCCGUCGAGGCCAGGCUGAAAGUUGACAAGUUUGAGGGCAUGGAGUGCUUUUGUAUUGAAGUGCGUCAUUCGUAUUGUUUUUCUCCGAGAUGA